CUAAUGUCGACACCUACUACUAAUGGAGAAGCUGUGGUCACUAGCAACCCUGCAUUGACCAUUUACGUCGGUAAUCUUGAUCAAAGAGUGACAGAUGGCAUGUUGAAUGAAAUAUUCUCUACCAUCGGACCAGUUACCAGCGUAAAGAUUAUGACGAUGAGACGCCAUGGUCCUUACGGUGCUGUCAACUAUGGCUUUGUGGAGUUUGCUGACCGUACUGUGGCCGAGGCUGCCUUGCUGCAAAUGAACAGACGCAAGAUAUUCAAUUAUGAAAUCAAAGUAAACUGGGCUCAGCCAGGCCAAGGAACUCAAGUCAAGGAAGAUACUGCUAGCCACUUCCAUGUGUUUGUCGGUGACUUGUCCCCUGACAUCAACGACGAAAUGCUCUCUAAAGCAUUCUCUGCCUUCACCACAAUGUCUGACGCGCAUGUUAUGUGGGAUGCUGUCUCUGGUAACUCAAGAGGAUUUGGCUUUGUUGCAUUCCGUGACAAGACAGAUGCUGAGCAGGCUAUUGCAACAAUGAACGGAGAAUGGCUCGGAGCUCGCGCUAUUCGGUGCAACUGGGCCACACAAAAAGGUCAGACUGCCACACCACCACCCCAACCUGGACAGCAGUUGCCUUAUGAAGUUGUCGUACAGCAGACACCUGCUUAUGUUACCACUGUUUAUGUAGGAAAUUUGCCUCCUACUACCUCUCAGGCUGAUUUGAUGCAAUAUUUCGAGAGAUUUGGCUAUGUAGUCGAAGUAAAGCUCCAGGCAGAGCGUGGAUUUGCCUUUGUCAAGAUGAACACCCACGAGAAUGCCGCCAAUGCCCUCGUGCAAUUGCAGAAUAUGAGCAUUAAUGGUCGACAAGCCAAGCUUUCAUGGGGAAAGGAUCGCCCUCAACCUGGA